CUCCUGUAGUACAUAAUGACAUUUUGGGGGGUUGGGAUAAAGAGGUUUAAGAAUAGGUCAUUGUGAACACAUCAGCUGUCUUCUGAUGUGAAUUGCUCUGUAAUAUAAGCGUAACCAUUUAAAUAUGUCCAAAGUCAUACAGCACGGGGUUAGGUCUACCGAACCAAUGCUGUUAGUGGUUCAAGUAGGUAACGCUGCGAGAUCUGCUUUUGGAAACUAUUCACACAGUAGAAGAUGUGAUGUUAGUGGGCGCAGGUUUUUCUCGGUGACAUGUGCCUUGUUUGGAAGGGGUCCUCCUUCAAGGAUAGAGAAGAAGACCGUUGACAUCCCAGGUCUGGAGCGCGUCACUUACGCCGACAGGAUGCAUUAUGUGCCAGGACUGGCAAAACCCGUAUUCCCUGACUGGCGAAGAGACUGGCACGACCCCCAUCAUUAUCGGGGACCUAAAAAUGAAGAGAUGAAGCUGCACAAAGCAAACCCUUGUUACGUAUUUAAUCAGAGAACAAAAAUAUUGGAAGGUGUCAGACAAGCACUGUGGUUAACCAAGUCCAAACUGAUACAGGGUCUUCCUGAACACAUCCUGUCAUUGGCUGAGGACCCAGCCAAUCAGAUCGAGGACCAGGGCAAGCGUGUCCAGCAAGCAAUCCGCCACUCAUGUUUUUGGGACACCACUGCAAUAAGACCCAAACGUGACAGAUUUUGUCCUGUGCUGCUCCGGGAUUUGCUGCACUUGUGCGGGACUCUGCAAUUAAAACACACAUCCCUUUCCAAGAGUAUACUGGCUGAAAAUUAUAGAGUGGCGGCAUUGUGGAACCAAGAGUCCGAUGUUUUCCAAGUACGAGGCCUGAUUGGAAUGUUGUUGAACAUCAUGACGCCUUUGCCAGAGGUGAUCCAGAGUGGUGAAGUUUUGGCCACCGAAAACCACACUCUGGAGACUUUCUGCCCCAUCUCUCCCACCAUUGAUCUGCAGUCUACAUAUGUGUACGAUCAGAAAAAUGACACGGGAUUCAGAGAUGGGUAUCCUUAUCCACACGCACACACUCUGUUCUUCAUUGAGACGGAGGACUCUGCUGCCAAGUUUAAACCCGAGCAACUCCGGGCCAAGAUGAUCAUGUUUGCUUUUGGAAAUGCUCUGGCCAGGGCCAAAUCUCUCUACGGGGAGCACCCUCAGGUUCUGGAGCAGCCUGUUGUCGUGCAGAGCAUUGCCACAGAUGGCAGACUGUUCCAGUUCAUCGUGCUUCAGCUGAACACCACAGACCUAGGCCCAGACACUGGGGUGAAAAACCUGAUUUGGAUGGAUCAAGAUCAGCUCCUGUAUGACUAUGCAAAAUGUCGCCCUUUGAUUAAAAAGAAAGCUGUCACAAUGGCUAAGCACUAGCCGGGAGCUGUCGCUACAAGCCAGCACUAAACCCGGACUGCAGUGCACCACUUAGUCACAACAUGUAUGUCUUUCACCACACCUCCACAAGAGCACUCACUAAUCGGGAGAAGUGACCGUGCCUGUGAUGUGUGUUAAAGCGUCUCGUUUUCGGGACUGUAAACCCUUGUUUUGCACGAAGCGAUACACAGGGCUGUGUAGCGCCCGUGCUUAUUUAAGUGUUGUUAACACGCAUCCCAGCCAAAUAAAGGAGCUGUUUUAUUGAACUUUAACUGUGUGUUAUUAUUGCAAUACACCAACUACACCUGUGUACAACCAAUCACACAUACACAGUACUGUACCGCUCUCAGACAAUUUGCUGCGUUGAUCCUAACAAAGCACUAAGAAAUAAGCUGAUGUGCCCAUGUUCACAGAAGGGACAUUGCAAAUUACAUCUUCUCAAAUCAUGACUUUCAUUUGCUUUGCUUCUCGUUCAUGUUACUUUAUAUCAAGCCAUCCCAGCCUGCAAUGACCCAAGGAUGACCUCCCCCUUUCAAUAUCUUCCCAUAUUUCUGCUCAGCCAUGAUUUGUUGCAAGUUCAAAAUCUGCCUGCACACAGCAAAUCUGGGGCUACACAAAUUUCAGCAUUACCUUGAGGCCUGAAUGUAGAAGCAGAACACUCUGGUUUGAAUGUGUGUGAGCGAGUCCAGCAUUAGUCACCCCUGCAACACAGGCAAUAUCUCAAUACAGUAUAGAGUCAGCAUGUAGUAAACCUGCACAAUUGUGGAACAAAAAACAAAUGUACAUACAGUUACAAUAAAACCCUGUGUUCUAUAAAAGGUCCUGGAGUAACAAAAACCAGGAACUGGAAGGGUCACCCCUGCUCUUUUCAGAUAUUACCAUGAUUCAGGACUGAUUUGGCAUAACACUGGUCCAUAAUCAAUCCUCGCCAAGACCAUUUGAAAAAGAGCAUACUGCGAGUCAGACUGAAAUCAAUUGUCAACUAUCUAAUCAGCAGCCUGCUAAAAAUAUUAUCCCUACAAAACCAAGGAUGAUGAUAUUGAACCCAGUAUGCUAAACUGCAAUACGCAAUUGGAACAACACUGCACAUUAGCUAUAACCAGACUUAAGAUUUCAGUGCCGUGAAAAUAAAAUAAUAAUAAUAAAAAAACAGGUCUGCAAGAGUUUUUCAUCUUUAUAUUUAUUACAGUGUGGGGGAGGGAACAAAAAAAGAAAAAAAAGGUUUCAUUCCAUCCCAGUCCAUUGAAGACAAAUAAUUUAGCUAUUGUAAAAUUACAUUACCAGGUGAUUGUUUCGGUAUAAACAAACAAAAAAAUAAAAAGCCAUAAAAAAAUAAUAAAAAAGCAACCCAUCUUGGAGACCAAGGGUACACAGCAAUUCAACAAAUCUCAUUUUGCAUUUUCUAAUCCGUCUGAAACGAUGAGAAUCCCAUACUAAAAUACCCUCGGCAUGUUUAAAUGUCCAGUAAAAGCCUACAGACCUAAAACAAUAAAAUACAUUUAAAAUCAUCCCCCAAUUAAUAGUAUGAAAAUUAUCUCAUAACUUGCACUCAGACACAUGGAUAUAAAUUUCUUUGGGGAGGGGGGUGGGAGGGGAGAGGGGGAAUGACGACAAAACAAUCCCUUGAUAAAACAUUAACAAAUAUUGAACAAAACUACAAUGUAUAAUUACUUUCUCUCUCUCUCUCUCUCUCUCUCAUUUAACCAGGACGACAAGGUAAGAAACACUGAAACAGCUACAAUGUUCAAGAAUCAGCACAAUGGUAUGUCAGGCAGAUAAUAUAUUAUACACAACAGGAUACACUUUAUAGAAGUGGACUUUUCUAUAGAAAAACAAAACGAGAAAGAAAAAGCCCAUCUACAGGCAGUGUACUGUACAUAGAUUUGCAUCUUUCACACUGUGUCAAUUUACAGCCGGUUUGUGUUACUGUUCUGUUGAAGUCGAUUAACUGUCUGUCUUAACAGCACACCUACAGAACGGCAGUUAUAAACAAAAUCGGAAAUGAAAAAGGACACAAAUGCAUUACAGGGAUAUCAGUGUAUGAAAAAAAAAGAAAUAAUAAAUGACACAGAAACCCUAAGACAGUAAACAUUUUAAAUGGUCUCUUAA